UCGGACCCUUUUAGCCAAACGCUCGACAGAAAGACCAGAGUCCGUCCAGACAACAACAUGCGAUACCUAUUUUUACUGUCAAAACCCCCAACUUCUUCUUCUUCUUCUCAGCGGCUUUCAGUUCUUUUCUAGACUUCCAAAAUUCCAAAAGCUCUUCCAUCUUUCCGGUGAUACGAAAGAUUCCAAAGAAAUGGGCCGAGUAGCAGAAAGUUCACCGGCUCUCAAAAGAAAACGAGCUGAUACUCCGAAGCUCAGUGAGGCUGAGCGCACAAUCUAUGACCUUAUCAUAAGUACAGAAGAUAUGGGAAUAUGGACGAGGGAAAUAAAGUUUAAAAUCAAAGUAAUUCCUGACACCGUUGUUAACAAGUCUAUCAAAUCUCUCAAGGAGAAAUUACUGAUAAAAGAGGUUGUUAGCAUUCAGAACAAAGGAAAAAAAAUGUUAAUGGGUUCUGACUUCCAACCCUCGGUUGAACUCACUGGUGGUGACUGGUAUUCGGAAGGGAGAUUAGAUACAGCGCUUAUUGAGUUGGCACAAGAACGGUGUUUGCAGUUUCUCUCUAGAUCGAAGGUUGCAACAGUUGCGGAGAUUGCUGAAGCUCUCAACAAUAUGCCAGUAUUUACUGUUAAGUUUACUGGUAGGCAAAUUGAAGAACUUGUGCAGAGUUUGGUUUUGGACAAGAAGAUUAUGCAGGAAAUAAGUACUGGUAAAGGGGACUUUGCCAAAAUUUCGCCGGACGAACAAUGCUACCGAUGUACAAAUAGAAGAGGGCUUCCAAAAACAGGGGCCUUGGCUUCAAUUCCAUGUGGAGUUUGUCCUCGUAUGAAUGAGUGCACACCUGAUGGAAUCAUCUCUCCCACCACUUGUGUUUACUUCAAGAAAUGGUUGGACUUUUAGUGUUUUCUAAUUUUUAUGAUUUGACAAAACCCCAUUGUGUAGUAAUAACAUAGGAUAUGAGUAGCAAUGUAAAGUAGUAGUAACUUUUUAGACUUUACAUCCUAUCUCAGAUUUUUGUCAUAAAAACAUGAUUAUUUUAAGUUCCUAUACAGUACAUUGAACUCUGCAGUUAAGAUGAGAAAUCCCAUUAACCUUUCUACAUCAAUGCAGUAUAUGCAUGCCCUUUCCUUUUAAAGAUACUGCUAAUAACUCCGGUUUAGAUCAUCUCUUGUUCAACAAAGAUGUUGAUCUCGCGGCUAUCUUAUAUCUCGAAAUUUGAUUAGAUCUGUCCUAGAAAACUCAGUGCUCGGGCUUCUCGUCCACCUCAUUUCAGACAUAUUGGACCUCUUCCUUGGGAUUUCGACAUCCACUGAUAUAUUCCCUAGCCUCUCUAUUUUGGUUUUCAUGCAGCAUAUGGGACUGGUACAUAUUCAAGCAGUCGCCAAAUAGUUUUACAGCAUCAUCACUUAAAUAUUUUUUUUAAGUGGUGCAUCCAAACACCACUUAACUAAAACAAACCCUUCUUAGCCGGCGCCCGAUAGAAACACCAGACAACAUUCGAAACCCAUUUUUACUGUCUCCUCUAGAAACAAAACCCCCCAAACUUCUUCCUCCUCCCGCAUCUUUCACUUCACUAGACUUCCAAAGGCGCUUCAUUUUCUCUUCUGAUCGGUGAUACGAAGGAUUCUAAAGAAAUGGGACGAGUAGCAGAAAGUUCACUGUCUCUCAAAAGAAAACGAGCUGAUACUCCGAAGCUCAGUGAGGCUGAGCGCACAAUCUAUGACCUUAUCAUAAGUACCGAAGAUACGGGAAUAUGGACGAGGGACAUAAAGUAUAAAAUCAAAGUAAUUCCUGACACCGUUGUUAACAAGUCUAUCAAAUCUCUCAAGGACAAACAACUGAUAAAAGAGGUUGUUAACAUACAGAACAAAGGAAAAAAAAUGUUAAUGGGUUCUGACUUCGAACCCUCGGAUGACCUCACGGGUGGUGCAUGGUAUGGUAAGGAUGGGAAACUAGAGACAGAACUCAUUGAGGAGGGAAAAGCUGUGUGUUUGCUGUAUAUCUCUAGAAUGAAGAUUGCAACAGUUGGGGAGAUUACUGAAGCUGUCAACAACUCUGGAGUAUUCAAGGAGGAUGUUAAGUUUACUGGUAAGCAAAUCGAGGAUCUUUUGCAGGGUCUGAUUUUGGACAAGAAGAUUGUGGAGUCAAAAAGUACUGGUAAAGGGGUCUUCGCAAAAAUUCCAAUGGGAGAAGAAUGCUACCAAUGCUCAAAUAAAAGAGCGCUUCCAAAAACAGGGGCGUUGGCUUCAAUUCCAUGUGGAGUUUGUCCUCGUCUGAACGAGUGCACACCUGAUGGAAUCAUCUCUCCCACCACUUGUGUUUACUUCAAGAAAUGGUUGGACUUUUAGUGAACUUUGCUAAUUCUCGCUCAAAAAAGAAAGGCAAUUUUGUUGUUGAUUUUAUCGAUAUUUAAAAACCUUUGCGUUGUUGUUAAUGGUGAACUGUGUGUACCUAAUUAUGCUUCAAAAAUCAGCACGAACCUAUCAUGUUUUUACUGUCUGCAGCUAAUUGAUUGAAUUAAAAUUUGUCCGUCA